GCUGUAAUCAGUCAGUAUCCAGCGACAUGCUUUACGCAGCGAUUACAUUCGGAAUAUAACUUAUAAUUUUAAAUAUUCUAACGUCUAAUUCUCUCUGAAUAAUAGAAUGUAGAAUUCUCAUCAGAUUGCCGACAGUGAGUUAUUAUUUGUGUUUAUCUAGUGUCAGAGGUCGGACCAAUGCAUUAUCUUUUCUAGGGCGGGCCAGUGAGUCUAUUUAUCUAACGUUAAACAAAAUAAGAAGUGCAAACCCAGUGCAUAAGGACUGGCGCGACGGUAGAAUAUUGUUUUCUAAAGCGGCCGUGAAAGUUAGUGAGUAAAUUUGCGGAGGCAAGAGCAACAUUAGUGUGAAAAUCCAAUCAAAAAGUUGUGACAUUAAGUGAGGCUGGCGGCAAACACCACGCAUAGUUGCAGCAACUUACACUGAACUUUGUGACGCAAAAGUUUCAUAACCCGAAAUUGAGAUGUUUCAAGUGACUCCAUAAGUUCGAGCUGGUACUUGGCACACAGGAAACUUAACUAAGAACAAAAUGUCAGAAGACAGUGCGUUGCGCUCGCGCAGCUCCAAAAAGGGCGACAUAAACCAAAAUGGACAUUUACAAAAUAAAAAUGAAAAGAAGAAAUGGGUGGACAUGUCCUUUCUACCCCGGGAAUCUCCCCUAACAGUAUUGCUGAGCACCUCUCUGCACAUCAGAGCUAUUUAUCACAUAUUCAUAGCCAUCUUGAUUAUCCUGAUGAUGGACACCUUUAUGUAUGACUUCGUUGAAUUUGGAAAGAUAAAGCUAGGAGUGUACCCCGUGAUCUACGGGUUCGGGGACAUCGGGCGGUGCGGGCGGCUGUGGCUGUUCGAGCUGGCCCUGGCGCUGGCCUUCUACCCCGGCCUCAGGGUCUACGGGCUCGGCGCCAGGGUGCUGAGGAAGCACACAGUGCUAUCAGCGGCAUGGUCCACGCUGGGCGCGGCUGCGCUGGCGGCGCUGCUGGGGGCGCUGCUCGGGGUGCCCUCCUGGGACCUCGGCCGCCGCCACCUCGCGCUGGCGUCAGGGUGCAUCGUUACACUUGAGAUGAUACGAUUUGCAAUGAAGAUCUAUGCGGUGACGGUGGCGUGUGUCCCACGCUGCCACGCCGCCGGUGGGACGCCCCUACCCAGUUUCAGACACUACCUCUACUUCCUGUUCGCACCUACCCUACUGUACAGAGAUAAAUAUCCAAGAACUGAAAAGACCCGGUGGGGUGUGGUGGCACUCCAUCUGCUGGAAGUGGUGGCCAUUAUAUUCUACAACAGCUUCCUGUGGGAGCGGUUCAUCCUGCCCUACUGGUCCGACUACGGGAAGGAGCCACAGGUGCAGCUGGGCCGCGUGGUGCAGGCCAUGUUCGCGUGCGUGCUGCCCAGCAUCAUCAGCUUCCUGUGCGGGUUCUACUGCGUGCUGCACGCCUGGCUCAACGCCUUCGCGGAGAUGCUCACUUUCGCCGACCGCCUGUUUUAUGAGGAAUGGUGGACGAUGUCGGAGUACUCCAAGUACUACCGCGCGUGGAACCGCGUGGUGUACGCGUGGCUUCGCGACCACAUCUACAUCCCGCUGGUGCCGCGGGCUGGGAGGUCGCUCGCCACGCUCUCUGUGUUCUUGAUAUCAGCCGUGUUCCACGAGCUAGUGCUGGCGCUAUCGUUCGGCUUCUUCUACCCGGUGCUGCUAGUGAUGUUCGGGGUCUUCGGUCUGCUAUGUGUGCCCCUGACGGCGACCUGCGGGCGGCUGUUCCCGGGGGUCUUCAAUCUCGUCAUGUGGCUCACGCUCAUGGUUGGGAAUGGGCUGUUAUGGAGUCUAUACCCCAUGGAGUACUUCGCUCGCAAGAACUGCCCGGCCUCGCCCGGAGACAGCUUCUUUGUGCCCAAGUCCUGGUCCUGUCCAGAGAUCGUCAUGAAAUCCAACUGGACGUUCAACAACCCAUUUACAUUCUAAGAACCUAAUGUUAAUCUUACCUAAUUAUAUUGUAUAGAACACAUUUUUUGUUAGCAUAGCUAUGUUAUUGUAUUUUGAUUAUGAUAUUAUAAUUGUGAAAGAAUCAUAGUGAAUAAAACUGAAGUCAUUCGA